GUUUUCUUGUUUUCAGGGGUUGGUGCUAUCUAUGUUCGCCGUCGACCGCGUGUCAGGCUAGAACCCCUGCAAAGUGGGGGAGGCCAGGAGAGAGGACUGCGCUCCGGGACGGUGCCCACGCCUUUAGCAGUGGGCCUGGGGGCAGCGUGUGAAGUGGCACAGCAAGAGAUGGAGUAUGACCAUAAGCGAAUCUCGCAACUGGCAGAACGACUAGUCGCAAAAAUAAUGAGUGAAGUUCCUGAUGUGGUUAUGAAUGGAGAUAGAGAGCAUCGCUAUCCAGGAUGCAUCAAUUUAUCCUUUGCAUAUGUGGAAGGGGAGAGUCUUCUGAUGGCGCUGAAAGAUGUGGCUCUGUCUUCAGGAAGUGCUUGCACUUCAGCUUCUCUGGAGCCUUCGUAUGUUCUGCGGGCAAUCGGAACAGACGAGGACUUGGCUCACUCAUCUAUAAGAUUUGGCAUCGGUCGUUUCACUACAGAAGGAGAAGUGGAUUAUACAGUGCAGAAGUGCAUACAGCAUGUUAAGAGGCUGAGGGAAAUGAGCCCCCUCUGGGAAAUGGUGCAGGAUGGAAUUGACCUGAAAAGCAUUAAAUGGACUCAGCACUGAGAAAACAUUGCUAUCCAUGGACUAGACGUGGAGGUGGAUUAAAAUGCAUUUUCUGUACAUUCCUGAACAGAUUAUGCCAUACUUCUGGUUUUUGACACUAGCAGUCCAACUAGAAAGCUACCCUUCCUGAUCACAAAGUCUAAGAAGCCAAGAAUGAAACUAGUAUUUAUCCUGGAAAAAGGCUGGAUGGUAUAUACCCAUUGCUUUUCUACUGACACGCAGCAAUUUAUGCUAAAACAUCAUUGAUUUGGAAAUGUAUUUUCUAAUGAGAAAAUGAAAUCCAUGUGUUUAUUCAUGGGCCA